CUCUGGUCCAACUAUUCCCACAAUUCUCCUCUGCAAAAUCUCCCAGAAAGUAGCCAUGGCCACCGCCGUCUCUUCCGCCGUGUUCGCCUCCCCAGCGCUCUCCGCGCGCGCCCCCUCCAACAUGAAAUCCUUCCAAGGCCUCCGCCCGCUCCCGGCUGUGAAAUCGAGCGGCCGCCUCACAGCCGCCGUGAAGAGCCGGAGAUCCACCGCGGUGAGGGCGGAGCUGAACCCGUCUCUGGUGAUAAGCCUGAGCACAGGGAUGUCCCUGUUUCUGGGGAGGUUCGUAUUCUUCAACUUCCAGAGGGAGAACGUCAGCAAACAGGGACUGCCCGAGCAGAACGGGCAGUGCCAUUUCGAGGCAGGGGAUGUAAGGGCCAAGGAGUACGUCAGCCUCCUCAAAUCUAACGACCCAGUUGGGUUCAAUAUCGUGGACGUUCUGGCCUGGGGAUCCAUUGGUCACAUCGUGGCUUACUACAUCUUGGCCACGUCAAGCAAUGGCUACGAUCCCAAGUUCUUCUAGUUUAGCAGUUUCAUUUCUUAUGUGUUUGUGCUCUGCUUGUUUGUUUGUAUAGCUAAAUCACUGCUUUCUGGUGGAGAUUUGAUUGGGAAAAGUAACAUUAUUAUUAUUGUUGUUAAUUACAUGCCUCUUUUAAAUCUCAACUUCUAUGCAAUUUCGAGUAUUCUCAAUUAA